AUGUCGAAUGAAAACUUAUCUCCCAAUAGUAGUAACCCAGAUUUAACUAAACUGAAUAACGGCGAAAGCGGAACUAUUGAUACCAGCAAAUUCUCGCCCAACGAAAUGAAGCUAUACAAAAUGUACGGAAAGCUGCCAUCAAAGAAAGAUAUUUUUAAGCAUACCAUGCAGAAAAGAAAAUAUUUCGACAGUGGUGAUUACGCUUUGCAGAAAGCUGGCAUUCAAAACAAUGAUCCAAUAAACUAUGGAAAGAAUAACCUGCCAUUAACAAAUCCCAGCAAACUACGAGAAGAUAUAAUAAAAAGAAGGAUAAGCACUUGUCCGUCAACUGCCUCAACCGCUGGUGUAGUAGAUAAUGCGACGUUGAUACAAAAGGAGGGAAGUAUAUCGAGUGGACCACCAUCGUCUAAUAACGGUACUAUUGGAGGUGGUAGUACAAGUUCAACGCCAGUGGGGAACCACAGCUCUUCGUCGUCCAGUUUGUAUACUGAAUCACCCAUUAGAUAA